CUAAUCCAUCAUUAAUAAUCUUAAACACCCUCUCUCUUUCUCCAUUCAAGCCGCCCCUUCAUUUCAUCCCAGCUGGAGCCGACGAUUCUGGUGAAUGGAACUGUUUGAAUCAUCAAACCCACAUCGUUGAUUCUCCAUUAUUGAUUGUAAAAAGCAUCCGUCGGUGUAUUGGAAGAAGUCGCUGGAAGGGGAUGGAAAGAACUGGGGGUUUUGCUGAAAAAGUACUGGCUUCGAAGUUGCUUUGAAAGUUCAGCUGGGUUUUACCUUUUCAUGGGCAUGUGAAGUUGUGAACUGCGUGAUUUCACGUGAGUUGGUGUUUGAGACUGCUUAUUGCACUUACCAAUGGACUUCAGUAUCUCCCUGUUUCUUGUUUUCGUUUCUCUACCCACUAUCUUGGCUCAGAGCGCGACACAUGCUAGUAUCAUAGUAGAUGGAGCUGCGGUAGUUGCUGAAACUGAUGAUAACUAUAUUUGUGCCACCAUUGAUUGGUGGCCUCAUGAUAAGUGUAAUUACAAUCGUUGUCCAUGGGGGUAUUCUUCUGCAGUAAAUUUGAACUUGUCUCAUCCUCUCCUCAUUAAGGCAAUACAAGCUUUUGAGCAUUUGAGGAUAAGAAUUGGUGGUUCUCUACAAGAUCAAGUGUUGUAUGACGUAGGAAAUUUAAAGACACCUUGCCAUCUAUUUCAAAAGGUGAGUUGGGGGCUGUUUGGUUUUUCCAAGGGGUGUUUGCACAUGAGUAGAUGGGAUGAUCUAAACCAAUUAUUCAAGACCACUGGGGCCAUAGUGACCUUUGGCUUGAAUGCACUACAUGGAAGACACAGGAUUCAGAGAGAUAAAUGGGGAGGAGAGUGGGACUCUACUAAUGCUCGGGAUUUUAUUAAUUACACCAUAUCAAAGGGAUAUGUGAUAGAUUCAUGGGAAUUUGGUAAUGAAUUGAGUGGACAUGGUGUUGGUGCAAGUGUUGAUGUUGAAUCGUAUGCGAAAGAUGUGAUCAAGCUAAGAGAAAUAAUCAAUGAUUUGUACAAGAAUUCCAACUCAAAACCUUCACUCGUAGCACCAGGAGGAUUCUUUGAACCAGAGUGGUAUUCUAAGCUUCUUCAAGUUUCAGGAUCUAAUGUUGUGAAUGUCGUCACACAUCAUAUUUACAAUCUUGGGGCUGGCAUUGAUCCUCAUCUUGCAAACAACAUCCUGGAUCCACAUUACUUAAGCAGGGUAUCAGAAGUCUUCAAUAGGCUAGACCAAACCAUCCAAGUUCAUGGUCCAUGGGCGUCUGCUUGGGUUGGAGAGUCUGGCGGGGCCUACAACAGCGGUGGUCGCCAUGUAUCCAACACAUUCAUUAAUAGCUUUUGGUACUUAGAUCAGCUGGGAUUGGCAUCCAAGUACAAUACCAAAGUGUAUUGUAGGCAGACAUUAAUUGGGGGUCACUAUGGUCUACUCAACACAUCCACACUUGUGCCAAAUCCAGAUUUUUACAGUGCUCUUCUGUGGCAUCGACUAAUGGGGAAAAUUGUUCUUCCUAUCGGUACUGAUGCUUCAUCGUAUUUACGAUCUUACGCUCAUUGUUCAAAAGGCAAUACCGGUGUGACUGUACUUCUGAUCAAUUUGAGCAACCAGACACAAUUCUCAAUCCAUGUCCAAAACAGCAAAAAUGUGUUCCUGAAUGUCCAGGAAAAUGGGGUUAGGAGAGAAAAAUCCCUCCUCAAAGGCAUGAAGAAGACUGUAGCAUGGAUUGGCAACAAGGUCUCUGAUGCAACAGUUUCAAGAGAAGAAUACCACUUGACUCCAAAAGAUGGCUACCUACAAAGCCAAACCAUGGUUCUAAAUGGAACUCCUUUGGAGCUCACAGCUGAUGGAGACAUUCCAAAUUUAAAUCCUAUCCUCCGAGACGUCAACACGCCGAUCUAUAUGGAUCCAUUGUCCAUUGCUUUUGUAGUAUUUCCCAACUUUGACGCACCAGCUUGCUCGUGAUUACAAAUGUUACUUUGUUCAUGUUUUUGCAGCGCAACUGUAAAGUUUAUCGAAGCUGCAUAACUUACGAAUAAGUGUUUAAUAUCAUCAACAAGUUAUUGUUUCCAUAAUGAUUAAUUGAAAAGAUGUAUGAUAAGGCGUGGUCAACAAGCUGUGAAGAAACAAAAAUGUUACUUUAUGGUGACGAUCAUAAAUGCUAUGUUGUAUUUAAUUGUCUUUGCAA